CUCUGCUGGACUAAAAGCAGCUCCAUAACUGCAGAGUGCUGGCUGAGAGCGGGACAGAGCGCCCCGGGACAUGCUGCUUUAACAGAGCUUUUGUCUCCUCCCUGUGUUUGGGUUUGGACGUUUGUGGAAAAUUGCAGAGACGGAGAAAGGGUCGUGUUGUGGAUUACGGCAAGUUGCUGUUCCUGUGGACGAGAAAGGAGGAAAAUGUCCAGCGAAGGUGACCCAGGAGGACAAGUGUCCACCACAGUGCUGAGUACAGUGGCAGUGCAGGCAGGAGACACGCAGAUUAUUAUAGCUGUACUCAAGUGUGGAGAACUGGUCCAGCUGCAGCUAACUGAAGCCCAUCCAGACCUCCUGGAGAUCGGAAACAAUCAGGAAGAAACCAAGAAACUUCUGGAAGAUCAUGAUCAGCUUCUGGUCAAACUGAAGAGAAAUGAAGGAGGUGUGCGGGCACUGCUGGAGGAGGCAGAUAAGACGGCGGAGGAGAAGGAGGGGGAGGAGGACGUGUACGAGGCCAUGGCUCGGUCUCUCAGCGAGGCCUGGAAAAUGUUGGUGAGCCACCUGGAGAAACGGCGCUCACUCCUGCAACUGGCCUGCCAUUUCUACGACCACGCCCUGGAGUUUGCUGUGAGGAUUGAUGAAGCGGAGGAGCUGCAGUGGGCUGGACACGAGCGGAACCGUCACGUGGGUUUAACUGAGCUCAAGCACAAAUACAGCAGUGUGAAAAGAGGGCUUCUGCAGAAGUCCAUGCUGGCGCUGAAUAAAAGUUGUGAGUUGUUGGAUUUCCUGAAAAGCUUCGAGUCUGAAGAGGCUCUGCGGUACGGAGGCGGGGCACAUGGUGCUCGUAACAGCUACAGGAAAGUGGAUGGACUGAUGGAGCUACUGCAAGACCGACGCAGGGCAGUCGACAAGCGUCUGGCUCACCAAAUCCACGAUCAGGAAGUGAAUAACAGGAUCUCUGAGUGGGAGAGACAGGAACAGGAAGUAACAUGUUGGUUUAAGGAAAACGCCGACCCGUUCUUGGAAAUGAAUCAUCUCGGCUCAUCUCUGUCUGAAAGUGAGGAGUUACUGCAGGAGCAUAAAGAAUUUGAAUGCAAAGCCAAGCAGUGGACCCUUUCAGUUGAGCAACUUCUCCAGCAGGCAUCGGAGCUUCUUUCCUUCAGUGAUCAUGCAAAGUUUGACUCCAUCUCAGAAAAGAGUCAGAAUCUGCACAUCACAAAGCAGCAGUUGUUGGAUCUGAUGAUGUGUCGACUGGGGCAGCUGCACGAGAGCAACGGCUUCUUCAGGAGCGCGAAUAAAGCGUUUGAAACCCUGGGAACCAUCGAGAGCACCAUAAAAGGUUUGAGGACGCAGACUGUGCAGUUGACCGAGCUGGCUAAGGAGCACGAAGAGCUGCAUCGCAGGAUUAAAGAUGUGGCUGCUGAACCUCUUCAGCGAGGACAGCUCAUACUUCAGAAGCUCAGUCCACACAGUGCCCAAGUUGGAGGUGUGCAAAGGAUGCUGGGAUACAUCAGAGAGCGUGUGGAUGGGCUGAGUAAGCAAUGUCAUGCCUAUCGGGAACUUGCUGGGAAGAAACAACAGUUGCUGACCUCCUUCAGUGACCUGGAGGAAAAGAUCUCCAGCUGGAUUAAGACCAGUAAUGGCGUCUUAUCCAGCAGUACAGAGCCUGGUUCCUCACUCUCUGAGGCUGAGGAAGUGCUCAACAAACACCUGGAGCUCUCCACACAUACACAGCGUGUUGUAGCAGAGUCGGAUGCCACUGAGGGAAUGAUUGAGGAACUGAGGAAGCUGGAGUCCUCUGAAGCAGUGGAAGUCUCCAACCGGGCCUCUGUGCUGAGAGAGCAGCUAAAGACGCUGCAGAGGAACAUCUUGACAGGCCUCGAGAGCCUUAGGAGCUACGUGAGCUUUUUACGUUCUGCCAAAGAGGUUGAAGAUCUGGUUAAGACAUUGUUGGAUUGCUAUAAUAAAAGGCCAGAGGCAGAGGAGGAAAGUGAGGAAACAGGUGUUGCGAUGAAGGAAGACAUGGAUGCAAGAUGGCAGCUGUUCUUACAGAAGUUCCUCUCCAUGCAGGACCAGGGCAACAACUUUAUCAACUCAUCUACGAUGGUGGGUGAGACGCCGAGUCUGAAUGUCAAAGCAACAGUUUAUGUUGUGGAAAAGAUCACAGACAGUCUGAGCAGGAAGAAAGCCGAACUCACGGACCUGUGGACGUCAUGGCAGCUCCAUUACAGUCAACUGAGGUCGGUGAAGAAGCAGUGGAAAAAAUUCAAGGAUCACCUUAAAAAGGUUGUGAAUGAACUGAAGUCUCUGGAAGGAAUUCUUACUCCAGCGUCCAAACUUGACCUGGGAAGUGAUCUUCAAAGUGUAUCGAAACUGCAAGAGAGCUUCAACUCUACCAAGCCGCAGUUUCUACAACUGAACGCUGAAGUAGAAUUCCUGGUUAAGAUGUCGGAGCUGCUGUCACUGAAAGGAAUCCCAAUGAAAGAGAAAAAUGAGAGGGUCAGCGAGCUUCUCCUGGUGCACCAGCGUGUGAGGGAUAAAAUCCGCCAGUACGACACUGUUCUCAGCAUGGCUGUCAAAUUCCAUCAUGUUUAUCAAGAGCUGGACAGCCUGUUAAAGGCCGAGCCAUUGAAGGGAUCGAGUGAUCCAACUCAGGCCAAGAUCCAGCUCAGCCAGCACCAGGAGCGACAGAACCACAUCACGCAGCUUUACACACUGGCCGUCUCUCUCGCAGCUGAGAUCACCAGCACUGUCCAGCAACCGCAAAUGUUGGUGUUCUCGGUUCAGGAGAAGAUGGAGCGCCUACGACAGGGCAGUGUGAUCUGGGCCUCUCAGGCCAGCCGGUGUGAGGAGAACCUGAUAAGCAACAUGCACUACUGUAUGUUUAAAGAGGAGAUCGGCGAGCUCAGGGAGUCCUUUAAGGACAUCAAGAAGAAAUUCAACAAUUUGAAAUUCAACUACAUGAAGAAAAACGAGAAGUUGAGAAACAUGAAAGCUGUUAAAAAUCAGAUCCAACAAAUUGACAUAUACUUAGAAAAGCUGCAGAUUUUGAAGAUGAAGCUGCAGGCCUUUGCAGUAUCGAGCAGCAGCGAGAAGCAUCUAAUUGGCAGCAGUCCCAGAGAACUUGAGGAUUCCAUCAAUGAGCUACAGAGACAGGUGGGAGAUUUUGACAGGACAGUCCAGGACUACAAGCAGAACUUGGAACUCAGCAUGAAGCUCCAGCAAGCCAUGGAAGAGUAUGAGUUUUGGUGCGAGGAGGCGAGUUCCACCAUCGUGAGGGUGGGCAGAUACUCAUCCGAGUGCAAAACGAAGGAAGCCAUCAGUUCUCUGCAUAAGCAGUUUGAGAAGUUUGUUUGGCCCACAAUCCCACAGCAGGAGGAGCGAAUCAGGCAGAUCACAGAGCUGGCAGUGCGUCUGCAUGGUGCUGAGGAAGGGACGAGGUACAUGGAAAAAACUGUGAACAAGCACAAUGAAAUAGUGGAGUCAAUAAAGGAGUUGUCAAGUGGACUCAUCGACCUGGAGGCCAAAUUACAGGCUGAGUCUUUGAAAGCUCAGUCUGCUGAAGAAAACAAGACCUAUGAUACCAUAGAAACUCCGGAGGCGAAGGAGACGGGCCACACUCCUGAGAUCACGGGACCUGGUGGCACCAAAGACGACGUGGUCACCAAGAAAGCAGAAAGCAAAAAGCCACAGCUGUGCAAAUCGCAAAGCCAAGACACACUAGAACAGCCACAUCAAGUGCUCUCGGAGACACACAGCUACACCCAGGAGGCUUAUUCAAAGAGCACUGUGCAGACCAUCACCAGCAAGUCCACAGUGGAGAGGAAGGAGCAAACACACACCUCUUUCUCACACACACACAAGUUCAGUGUGUCCAGUUCUCCUGUGGAGAGAGACAGGAGGACCUGCACACUCCAGCAGAGCAAGAGACCGUCUCAGGACACUCCUUCACCUGCUCAGGGCGAGUGUCUCACACCAUCCAGCUGCUCAGAGAAACAGACAGCAGGUCUCCGAGCUCACCAUGAGAACUUCCAGAAUGUUAGCGGCUCACACAUUGCUGCACACACACUGCAUACGGAGGCAAAGAGUGAAGUGCCACUUCCAGGAGAAGAGGAACUUUUCUCCAGUGGUGCACCAGACUCUCAUUUACUCCCAGAUGGAGAGUUCCAUCCUGACAACCUGAGUGAAGAGUCACUAUCUAACGAUGAGUAUGAGUGCACCUCACCAGAUGACAUCUCUCUCCCUCCUUUAUCUGAAACCCCUGAGUCCAACAUGGUCCAGUCUGAGAAUGACCUAGAUGACAGCUACUGCGUGAGCUCCCACAGCCUCCACACAAGCCACUACAGCCAGCAGUGUCACUCCAGACAUGGCGACCCACUUUUCCCGUCCCCUACGACAGGCCCGGCUGGCCGAUUCAGAGCCGAAUCGUCCUCAUUUGUUCAUAGCCCGCUUACUGUUCUCACCCCCACACUGGUCUCCAGCACAAUCUCCAGCAUCUUAAAGAGUAGCAAGCCGAAAGGCCUUGCUGAGUGCCAGCAAACCGUUUACUCCAUGCAUGAGAGCCGGAUUGAGAUGCAGGAGCGUGUGCAUGAACCUGCCUCGGCCCGACACUCUUCUGUUGCUCAGGCUGGUAACACGCAUGCUUCCCUUAAACCAUUAACCUCAGACAAGGAGCCGGAGCUGUGCAAGCCCACGGCCAUCCGUGAGGAAAUAAAGCGCUCGAGCAGCGCUAGGGCCAUGGGGAACCUAGCAGCAGGGAACAGCCCUAACUUCUCCAAACACUUGUCUAAUGCCGUAGUAAUGGAGGGCUCUCCGGUGACCUUGGAAGUGGAAGUCACUGGAUUCCCUGAUCCUGCUUUAAAUUGGUUCAAGAACGGGCAGGAACUGCGCAGUGACGAGCGCAUGUCACUGUCCCAUAAAGAAGGCAAGCAUGUGUUGUUCAUUGAGAAAGCUGCAGAACGAGACUCGGGCCAGUAUUUGGUUCGCGCCUCAAACUCGGCCGGCACGGUUUCCUCCAGCUCCGUGCUGCAGGUCAAAGGUAAUGGCUGCUCUGACUUUGAUAUCCUCAAACUGGACUGGCAAACCUGCUUCGGCACGCUGUGUGUCCUCCUGUGGCUCCUCUACCUGCUGGUGUUAUAAUGCGCACACAGAUCCUGAAAACAUCCCUCCCACUGCCUUCUGCUGUUCACCUGCACUUGGUUUAUGGUUUCAGUUUUUUUGCACAAAACCGACUUCUAGAGGAAUAUUCAGGAGCAUGAAGGGUUUUUUUUCCUGUCACUUUAAAAGCUUAUCACUUGCUCACAAUCACUGGUAGUUAAUCUGACACCAAUAUGUUGAAUUUAUUUUUAAAUAUUUCUAUAUUAUAUUUGUUGAUCUAUUCUGUAAAUUCUAAUCAGUAUCAAUAGAUUUUAUUUCCCUCAGGAUAAGGUGUUUUACAGGUAUAUAAUGUUUUAUUUUAGAAUAUAUUCAUUGUUUUGUCGCUCCCACACUACUUUAUUUAUGUGAUCGGCUUCUUGUUCUUGGGGGAAAAAAGGUCUUUUU